AUGAAAGAACCAAUUGGAACCCCAAAUGGCCAAGAUAGUUUCUAUGGUUGUGGUACUUUUCAAAAAGAUUAUCUUAAUCAACAUAUUAAAAUAAAUGGUCAUAUAAAUGUGAUGAAAGCUUAUUAUCAACCAGCAAAUCAAAUAGAUUUGUUUACUGGAUUUACUACACAAGCUGAUUAUAAUAAAUUAGAAAUUAUUUCAAAGAUGCGAUGUGUAUAUUUAUGUGCACAAAAACAUUUUCCAAUUUUUGCUUACUCAGAUAUUAUUAAUUUGAUGAAUUUAAAUCUAAAAAAUCAAACUGAAUUAGUAUAUGAUAGUGAAGUUCAAACUUUAACUCCUCCAUUUUUUGGUCCAAAAAAAAAAAAAUUAGUUACGGAUUUUUCUGAAAACUCUUCAAAUUAUGCAGAAUAUACUAAUUCGGUUUCUGAAACUACAUUUUUACAUGCAAUUGCAACAGUAAUUGAGGAAUCAGUUUUAGAAGAAACAAGAAAAUCAUCAGCCUGGACAAAAAUGUUAGAUCCUUCAAAAUUAUUACAUUUUGGAAGUGAUGGUGAUAGUAAAAUGAUAGAAGUUCGAAAUGGUGUUGCUACAAAACUUAAAAAGUUAAAUCCUUUUAUGAGUAAUUGUCAUUGUAUUGCUCAUCGAUUAGCUUUAGCAGAAAAAGAUUCAGCAAAAGAUGUACCUUAUUUUCUUGAUUAUGAAAUUACAAUUAAAGAACUUUAUGCAUAUUUUGCUAAUUCUCAUACACAAAAUGAAGAAUCUCCAGAAUUAGUAAUUUUGCAAGUUGUUUCAACUCGAUGGCUUUCUUUAUCUAAUUCUGUAUCAAAUUUGCACCAGAUAAUCUUUUCUGUAAUAGAUGCACUUCAAAAUAAUGUAAUAAAUAAUUUUACAGCUAAAUCACAACAGCGUGCUCAAAAUUUAUUAGGAGAACUUGAUGCUGAUUUUAUUUUAGCAACAAAAUUUCUUGCAGAUAUUUUAUCAAUAAUUUCAGCAUUAUGUAAAAUAUUUCAAUCUGAUUAUGUAGCUUUUUCAGAUAUUCAUCAAGAGUUAAACAAAACAAUUCAUUUUAUUACUAUUGAAUUUAUUGGAUAUCCUGAUGAAAAUAUUGAACCAACAUUAGGAACACAUUUACAUGAUUAUUUAUUAUAUAAUGCUAUGCGUAUUUUUGAUUUUAAACAAGUUCCAACAACAAUACAACAAAUGAGUAGUUUUGAAGAAGAAGAAAUUGUGUAUCUUGCAGAAUAUUAUGGUAUAGAUCAAAUUGAAAAUGGAUGGGAGUUUAUUUUUUGUACUACUCAAUUUAUUACUCAAUAUCCUAAUUUAACUCAAAUUAUUCAUUUAGCAUUUAUAGUUCCUGUUUCAAAUGGAAAUGUUGAAUGUAUAUUUUCUCAACAAAAUUUAAUUAAAACAAAACUUCAUAAUCAGAUGAAAUUAAAUACACUUAAUUCUCAUUUAAUGAUAGUUAUGAAUGGGCCUUCUUUAGAUAAAUUUAAUUUGAGAAAGCAUAUGAAUUAUGGAAACGUAGUCCUAGAAAAAAAUAGUAGUUAA